ACAGUAAGCGGAAGGCAAUUUCCACUGCACGCUGCGUAUGCAACCACGUUCAAUGCUUGCCAAGGACUUACGCUGGCGCGCACAGCACUUGACCUGCGGACCGAUCCGUUUGCUCGCGGCCAAUUAUAUACGGCGUUGUCCAGGGUGAGGACGCGGAGAGAUACGCUGUGUUUGUUUGCAGAGACGAACGAAGAGUAG